AUGCGUUUCCAGCCCUUCACUACAGCUCUGGCUGUGGGUGUCUCGGCCCAUCUUGCGCAAGCGGCUGGUCUGCAUGAUGCCGCCGUCGCAAAGGGACUUCUUUACUUCGGUACUGCCACCGACAACCCCGAACUCACCAACACCCCCUACGUCGCCCAGUUGAACAACACUGGCGAUUUUGGUCAGAUUACUCCUGGAAACUCGCAGAAGUGGGACGCAACUGAACCUACCCAGAACCAAUUCUCCUUCACCAAGGGAGACGUCGUUGCCGAUCUGGCAGAUGCCAAUGAUCAGAAGCUGAGAUGCCACAACUUGGUUUGGCAUCAACAGCUCCCCAACUGGGUCACCAGCGGAUCCUGGACCAACGAAACCCUAACUGCCGUUCUGAAGAACCACAUCACCAAUGUCGUCAAGCACUACAAGGGACGCUGCUACGCAUGGGACGUAGUCAACGAGGCUCUGGCCGACGACGGCUCCUACCGCGAUUCCAUCUGGUACAAGACCAUCGGCGAGGCCUACAUUCCCAUCGCCUUCGCGGCUGCCGCUGCCGCUGACCCAGAUGUGAAGCUCUACUACAACGACUACAGCAUCGAAUACGGUGGCGCCAAGUCCACCGCCGCCCAGAAAAUCGUCAAACUGAUCCAAUCCUACGGUGUCAAAAUCGACGGCGUCGGCCUCCAGGCCCACUUCACCGUCGGCCAAACCCCGGCCCGCAAAGAUCUCGCCAGUAACCUGAAGUCUUAUGUCGAUCUGGGUGUGGAGGUUGCCUACACCGAGGUUGACGUGCGUAUGAAGACCCCCGCGACCGAGGAGAACCUGAAGCAGCAGAGCACGGAUUUCGCCAACAUCAUCGGUGCCUGUCUUGACACCAAGAGCUGCAUCGGCGUUACCAUCUGGGACUGGACCGAUAAGUAUUCCUGGGUGCCCAGCACUUUCUCCGGCUACGGUGCUGCUUGCCCUUGGGAUGAGAACUUUGAGAAGAAGCCCGCUUAUCAGGGCAUUUUGGAGGUUUUGGGAGCUGCGCCAACUGACAUCAUCCCUCAGCCUAGCUCCGCCGCCACUGGUAGCGUCAAGGUUUACUUCCAAUGUGGUGGCCUGAACUAUCAGGGCGCAACCGAAUGCGAGGAAGGUCUGGUCUGCAAGAAGUGGAACCCUUACUACCACCAGUGCGUUCAGGCUUAA